UGCACUUUACCAUUUCAUUUAUCUUAGUUUCUAAGACCGACGGCCUCGUUUUAAUUGGUGUUGUUCCUUGUCUUGAAAUUGUAUAACUUAUUAUUUUUGUUAAAUUUUGUUAAUAUUUGCCAUGAAAUUGAAAAUAGUUGAUCAUAACGACAGCUCGGACGAUGAGGGCGAGGAGGAGAUGCAAUACGAUAACGAUGAAUCUGAGCAAUCCAAUGUGGGCGAAGAAGAUGAGGAAUUAGAAGAAGAAGAGGAGGAGCACCCAGAAGAAGAAGAGCCAGAUGCGGAUAAUCAAGGGGCAGCUCGUGUUCCUUAUCCCACUCCGCCGCCCGAUGACGGAUCAAAAAUGGGGCCACCUGACUCCGGUAAAGGCGACUUGAAACCCAAGUCCGAGUCGAAGGGAUCCCUGAUAUCCCUAGCACUCAUGGCCAUUGGAGAGCUGAAGAGCCGGUCGGGCUCUUCGGUCCGGGCCAUCAUGGCAUAUCUGAAGGACAAAGGCCACGAGUGGAAGUUUCCCAAGAAAACCGCACGCCUGAUGCAUCGAGCCCUCAAAUUGGCCGAGACCAAUGGCGAGGUGGAGAUGACUAAGCGUUCCUUCAAGCUCACCAAAAAGUAUAAGGACUCCUCCAAGGCUGUGGAAAAAAUGAAGGCUAAGCAGUUGAAGGAGAAGGCCAAGAAGAAAAAGGAAGAGCAAGUUCUGAAGGAAAAGUCAGAAAAAAAGGAGAAAAAAGAAAAGGAAAAGAGUAAACUCAAAGCGAAAAAGGAAAAGCCUAGUAAACCAACAGAGAGGAAAACGAAACAAGUAAGUUUGUCAAAGAAAGGCGAGGAUGAACAUAAGGAUUCCGAACUCUUGAACAAGACGGCCGCAGCGGCUGCAGCAGGAGCUUUGCUAGAAACUCCCAAGUCCGUGGGUUCGAAAAAGGCAAAGAAGCCAGCGAAACCAAACGAUAAAAGCAAGGCAGCGACAUCGAAAGUAGGAUCAUCCUCCAAAAAGCCUCGCAAGUCCAUCGGAACUCUGGCACAGCCCACGAUGGCUAAGCCGAAAGUCAAGGCGGUCAAAAAACUGGUGGCUGGCAAGGGGAUUACCCACUUUCCGGAUAUUUCCUCGACCGAUAUUUCGGCGGCCCAGGCCACGUCCACUCCUCAAGGACCAACUAGGGAGAAGCGCAAGCGCAAGGUCUAAUCAUAUUUUUCAUUUUUGUUGUACUAAAACUAUAUAUUUUAGUCGUCAUCCAUUGUUCAUCCCAAUUUAGUAAAAUGUUUUUUAAUUUAGUUAAACAUA